CGUAGAAGAAUAAAUCCCGGAAAUGUCAACGCAAAAGAAAAGCAGUGUUGUGGUGAAACAAAUACUUAUACAAAUACUCAUUUUGUUAACUAGUUUUGUCUGUGGAGUCUGUUACGUCCAUUUACACCCACUCUACAGAGACGCAAACCGGUGUUGAGUAUUCACAUUUUCUACAAAAAUUCAGGAUGGAAAAGCUGAUCAGUUGCUUCAAGAAAAGGCCGGAUGCUGUGGCCAGGUUGAUCUGUUUUCCCUGGGCAGGCGGAGGUUCCAUACACUAUGCACGUUGGGGGAACAUCCUUAAUAGCGCCAUAGAAGUGCUUGCUGUCAAACUUCCAGGCCGGGAAAGUCGGGCUAAAGAGCCUUUCUUUGAGAACAUGCACCAGAUAGUGGAUGAGGUUCUUCAUGUAUUAUUGCCAGUGUUGAAAGAGAAGCCAUUUGCUCUCUUUGGCCACAGUUUUGGUGCUUAUACAAGCUAUGCUGUUGCAGAUGCACUGAAGAAACUCCACAACAUUGAGCCAGUUCACAUCUUCCUGUCUGGUGCAUCUGCACCAUAUUCUGAGGUUCGCAUAAAAGCCCCCAAAAGGAGUGACUUAUCAGAUGAUGAUUUUCUCAAGUGGCUCAUUUCAAUCGGAGGAACUCCACCCGAGCUGCUGGCCAACCCGGAAGUGUUGAACCUUUUCCUUCCUGCGUUGAAGGCUGACCUGCACAUUGUGGAGAACUACAAGUGCAAUAAGCCAGUCAGUCCAUUGCUCUCCUGCCCAAUCACAUGUAUGGAUGGGAAAGAUGAUAUUCCUCAUGAUUUGCAAGCAUGGAAAGACAUCACGACAGGAGAUUUCACCAUCAGAAUGCUUGAUGGAUCUCAUUUUUACCUCAAGGAUCCUGGAAAUGAAAGAAUAAUAACAGACGAUAUUACAAGGCACCUAGAAAUGUCAGAAAUGGACUAUUUGUAAUGAGAUCGUGAUAUAAGCACAACUGUACAUCAUAUCUAAUGAAAUGAGCGUUUGACAGAUUUAAUGGGAUUUUUUUUUAUUUAAAGAAAUAGAUUUCUCCAUGCUAAAAUGAAAUCUAUCCGACCUGACCAAACCAUGGCAUUCUAUUCUAUUCUAAUCAUGUAUUUUGAUUAGAUGCAAAUUCAUAUGCAAUCCCUUUAAAUGACACAGAAUCAGCUUGUCAUAAAACAAAGUUGAGGACGUUCAUCAGACGAUCAUUACGCUGGAUGUCCUUCAGAUGCAACCCUAGGCAGGAAUAAACGUACACCCUCUGCCUUUACCAUUACAUCGACUAUUUUAAAUAAAAUCCGCAUUCCCUAAAUUCAAUAAGUCAUUGACCUGCUGGCUGGUGCAAUACACUGAUCAUACUCAAAUUAACUUUACACCCUUAUAAUGAAUAAAAUGUCACUCAAUGCAUGUCUAUGCCUCCCUCAAAAAUGUCUUAUAAUAGCAUGUAGGAACAGGUUAUUCUGCAGUGUUUGACUUCUAUACGGUGAUAUACAGUAGUUUAGUGUUUGCCCCCUUCCUGAUUUAUUUUUUUGCAUGUUUGUCACACUGUAGUUUCAGAUCAUCAAGCAAAUUUAAUUAUUAAGUCAAUGACAACACAACUGAACACAAAAUGCUUUUUAAAGGAGAAAAAAAAUCCAAACCUACAUGAUCCUGUUUGAAAAAGUGAUUGCCCCCUAAAGCUAGUAACUGGUUGGGCCGCCAUUAGCAGUAACAACUGCAAUCAAGCGUUUGCAGUAACUUGUAAUGCAUCUCUUUCAGCGGUGUGGCGGAAUUUUGGCCCACUCAUCUUUGCAGAAUUGUUGUAAUUCAGCCACAUUGGAGGGUUUUCCAGCAUGAUGCGCCUUUUUAAGGUCAUGCCAAAGCAUCUCAACAGACUUGGACUUGGCCACUCCAAAGUCUUUCAUUUUUUCUUCAACCAUUCAGAAGUGGACUUGCUGGAGUGUUUUGGAUCAUUGUCCUGCUGCGGAACCCAAGUUGGUUUCAGCUUGGCGCCAUGAACAGAUGGCCGGACAUUCUCCUUCAGGAUUUUUUUGGUAGAUACAAAUCUUGGUUCCAAACAGCCCCAACCAUUACACUUUUGUUGGCAUUUUUUGUAUAUUUUUUUGGUAUAUUCCCAAAGGUCUUGGGUAUCAAGAUGUUUUCUGGUAAAACUGAGAUGAGCCUUAAUGUUUUUUUGUUCAGCAGUGGUUUUGGUCUUGGAACUCUGCCAUGGAGGCCGUUUUUGCCCAGUGUCUUCAUGAUGGAGUCAUGAACACUGACCUGAGCUGAGGCAAUGGAGGCCUACAGUUUUUUGGAUGUUGCGGGGUCUUUUGUGAGCUCUUGGAUGGGUCGUCACUGCGCUCUUGCGGUAAGAUUGGUUGGCCGGCCACUCCUGGGAAUGUUCACCACUGUUCCAUGUUUUCGCCAUUUGUGGAUAAUGGCUCACUGUGGUUUCCUGGUGUCCCAAAGCUUUAGAAAAGGCUUUAUAACCUUUUCCAGACUGAUAGAUCUUAAUUAAUCUGCUGCGUUUUAACAGGGGGUCAAUCACUUUUUCACACAGGGCCAUGUAGGUUUGGAUUUUUUUUCCCUUCAUAAUAAAAGGUUCCAUUUAAAAAGUGCAUUUUGUGUUCAGUUGUGUUGUCAAUUGACGAAUAUUUAAAUUUCUUUGACGAUCUGAAACAUUUAAGUGUGACAAACAUGCAAAAAAAAAAAAAAAAAAACAUGGAGGGGGCAUGUAUCUCACAAGUAGCCAUUGGGCAUAUUGUCCCUUUUACUUGAUAAUACUUUUGACAGGUGCAGUGGCUUUGCCAGUCAAAUUUAAGUGAAAAAGAGCAAGGCUACAUGUGACCACCAUUGUUAGGUGACGUAGGUGGUGGUAUUGGUGGCGGCAGCUCCUCCUCGGCUGGCGUGAAAGAGUCCUGUGUGUCUUGAUCAGCGUGCUGGCGCCCCGUUCUGCUCUUACGUCUGUGGCCUUCCCUCCUGGGCCCUCCUGAGAGCUUUCUCAUCUUUAUUGGGCUUGUUUAAUUCAAGUGUUUAAAGCAGCAUUCAAAUUUGAAAAACAAAAUUAACUGCUUGGAAUGGGCAGGCAUUGUUUUAUAUUCUCUUCACUACUAUAAAAAAUCUACAUUCUUUGGAAGGAAAAAUCAGCAGGGGAUCAAAUAUUUUGAUAUAAAUAUUCCCCACUCUAUGUCAUCCAUUUCACCAGCCACCUUCUAUAAGUAACAAUUAGCCACCGGCAGGUAGUAUUCCCUUCUUGCUGAGAAACCCACACAAGCUUGAGCAGAAAUGACCACAUUAGUUUUGGAGGAACAUUCAGGGUGCGUAAUUAUGGGCAAUAUUGUGUGGUCUGAGUUGCGGCCACACUUUAUUUAUUUUUGUUUGCGGACUAAAUAAUGUUCUUAGUUAAAUUUAUGCAUGAAGUAGGUCCUCAAUUGGACGGCAAGAGAAGAUAAACGGUGCAUUUGAGGAUGCUAUAAUAUGUUGCGAUGCAUUAAACAGUCUCCUUUUGCAUUUCAGCAUGGUAAAGGAGUCUUUUACAAGAGUAGAAAUCCACGUGACAACUAAAGGAUUUGUUCUUAUUUAUCGCCGUGGAUACUCCAAACCCACCUGUUGUUCCGCUUUCCAUUCAUGAGUUCUCACCCCGGAUGACCCGGCUUCAGAACUUCAGAAAUCCAAAUCAAAAUAUUUAUAGUAAUUGUGAUUUUCUGUAGGUGCAAUAAGCCAGUCAGUCCAUUGCUCUCCUGCCCAAUCACAUGUAUGGAUGGGAAAGAUGAUAUUCCUCAUGAUUUGCAAGGUUAGUCCUUAAGAUGAUAAAUAGCAUUAGCUAAUAUUGUCUCAAAAUAUACUUUGGCAUACAACUCCAGCUAUUUACUUACUAUGCAAUCACGCCAUGUGUACUCUAUAGUUUUUGUUGGCUGACACUGCAUAUCAACACAAUUUAAAUGCAACUCACUGCACUUGUUUUUGUCAACAGCAUGGAAAGACAUCACGACAGGAGAUUUCACCAUCAGAAUGCUUGAUGGAUCUCAUUUUUACCUCAAGGAUCCUGGAAAUGAAAGAAUAAUAACAGACGAUAUUACAAGGCACCUAGAAAUGUCAGAAAUGGACUAUUUGUAAUGAGAUCGUGAUAUAAGCACAACUGUACAUCAUAUCUAAUGAAAUGAGCGUUUGACAGAUUUAAUGGGAUUUUUUUUUAUUUAAAGAAAUAGAUUUCUCCAUGCUAAAAUGAAAUCUAUCCGACCUGACCAAACCAUGGCAUUCUACUCUAUUCUAAUCAUGUAUUUUGAUUAGAUGCAAAUUCAUAUGCAAUCCCUUUAAAUGACACAGAAUCAGCUUGUCAUAAAACAAAGUUGAGGACGUUCAUCAGACGAUCAUUACGCUGGAUGUCCUUCAGAUGCAACCCUAGGCAGGAAUAAACGUACACCCUCUGCCUUUACCAUUACAUCGACUAUUUUAAAUAAAAUCCGCAUUCCCUAAAUUCAAUAAGUCAUUGACCUGCUGGCUGGUGCAAUACACUGAUCAUACUCAAAUUAACUUUACACCCUUAUAAUGAAUAAAAUGUCACUCAAUGCAUGUCUAUGCCUCCCUCAAAAAUGUCUUAUAAUAGCAUGUAGGAACAGGUUAUUCUGCAGUGUUUGACUUCUAUACGGUGAUAUACAGUAGUUUAGUGUUUGCCCCCUUCCUGAUUUAUUUUUUUGCAUGUUUGUCACACUGUAGUUUCAGAUCAUCAAGCAAAUUUAAUUAUUAAGUCAAUGACAACACAACUGAACACAAAAUGCUUUUUAAAGGAGAAAAAAAAUCCAAACCUACAUGAUCCUGUUUGAAAAAGUGAUUGCCCCCUAAAGCUAGUAACUGGUUGGGCCGCCAUUAGCAGUAACAACUGCAAUCAAGCGUUUGCAGUAACUUGUAAUGCAUCUCUUUCAGCGGUGUGGCGGAAUUUUGGCCCACUCAUCUUUGCAGAAUUGUUGUAAUUCAGCCACAUUGGAGGGUUUUCCAGCAUGAUGCGCCUUUUUAAGGUCAUGCCAAAGCAUCUCAACAGACUUGGACUUGGCCACUCCAAAGUCUUUCAUUUUUUCUUCAACCAUUCAGAAGUGGACUUGCUGGAGUGUUUUGGAUCAUUGUCCUGCUGCGGAACCCAAGUUGGUUUCAGCUUGGCGCCAUGAACAGAUGGCCGGACAUUCUCCUUCAGGAUUUUUUUGGUAGAUACAAAUCUUGGUUCCAAACAGCCCCAACCAUUACACUUUUGUUGGCAUUUUUUGUAUAUUUUUUUGGUAUAUUCCCAAAGGUCUUGGGUAUCAAGAUGUUUUCUGGUAAAACUGAGAUGAGCCUUAAUGUUUUUUUGUUCAGCAGUGGUUUUGGUCUUGGAACUCUGCCAUGGAGGCCGUUUUUGCCCAGUGUCUUCAUGAUGGAGUCAUGAACACUGACCUGAGCUGAGGCAAUGGAGGCCUACAGUUUUUUGGAUGUUGCGGGGUCUUUUGUGAGCUCUUGGAUGGGUCGUCACUGCGCUCUUGCGGUAAGAUUGGUUGGCCGGCCACUCCUGGGAAUGUUCACCACUGUUCCAUGUUUUCGCCAUUUGUGGAUAAUGGCUCACUGUGGUUUCCUGGUGUCCCAAAGCUUUAGAAAAGGCUUUAUAACCUUUUCCAGACUGAUAGAUCUUAAUCUGCUGCGUUUUAACAGGGGGUCAAUCACUUUUUCACACAGGGCCAUGUAGGUUUGGAUUUUUUUUCCCUUCAUAAUAAAAGGUUCCAUUUAAAAAGUGCAUUUUGUGUUCAGUUGUGUUGUCAAUUGACGAAUAUUUAAAUUUCUUUGACGAUCUGAAACAUUUAAGUGUGACAAACAUGCAAAAAAAAAAAAAAAAAAACAUGGAGGGGGCAUGUAUCUCACAAGUAGCCAUUGGGCAUAUUGUCCCUUUUACUUGAUAAUACUUUUGACAGGUGCAGUGGCUUUGCCAGUCAAAUUUAAGUGAAAAAGAGCAAGGCUACAUGUGACCACCAUUGUUAGGUGACGUAGGUGGUGGUAUUGGUGGCGGCAGCUCCUCCUCGGCUGGCGUGAAAGAGUCCUGUGUGUCUUGAUCAGCGUGCUGGCGCCCCGUUCUGCUCUUACGUCUGUGGCCUUCCCUCCUGGGCCCCCUGUGAGGGGCCCACCACGGUGCUAUCAGCCUCAGUCUCUGGCAGCCAUGGUGGGGCAGGCGCCGUUUCUGCAGAGUCGGACUCCAGCGAGAA